AUGGAGCGAGCCACAGGGCACACCAACUGGCUGGAAUAUCAUGUGUCCAAGCAGGACACUGCAAUGCCAGAAGCGACUUGGGAUGCUGACAGGGCCAGCAGAGGAGAAAGUGCUGCUGAAGUCGCUGGUGCUGAUGCAGGGUACCCCUGUGAUCCUGCACCUGCGGGGGUCAAGGCCAUACCUGGCGCGGAGAUGUCAAGGACAGUGCAUGGAGCUGGUGGCUUACCACCAUUUCGCUCCAGGACUGCCCACCGACGAAGGACACACUGCAUGUCGAUCUUCUGCGAAAUUGAUCUCUGA